AUAUCAUCCAAGCCAUCGUCAUCGUCAUUUAAAAAUGUCGGACGUGCCAGUAGAUGCACCCGAAAGCUGUCCUGGAACCGGUAGCAGUCUUGCUGGAAAAGCGUCGCCUUGCCAGGGAUGUCCGAACCAGAAGAUAUGCGCUUCAGGUGACGCUAGAGUGGUCGAUCCAGACAUCGAAGUCAUCCGAGGAAAGCUAUCGAACGUAAAACACGUGGUUCUGGUACUGUCGGGUAAAGGAGGCGUUGGAAAAAGUACCGUCACCGCCAUGCUAGCCAGUGCACUGUCCUUGGAUGAAGACCGAAACGUUGCUGUUCUGGAUGUUGAUAUUUGUGGCCCAUCUCAGCCCAAGAUACUCGGGGUCGAAGGCGAACAGGUUCAUCAGAGUGGAUCAGGAUGGUCACCAGUGUUUGCAGAAGAGAACCUCGCAAUGAUGUCCGUCGGGUUCUUACUGUCCGGUCCGGAUGAUGCCGUGAUAUGGAGGGGACCCAGGAAGAAUGGCAUCAUCAAACAAUUCCUGCGAGAUGUCGACUGGGGCGACCUGGACUACUUGCUGGUGGACACGCCCCCGGGCACUUCGGACGAACACCUGAGCAUCGCGCAGUAUCUCAAAGGGUGCAACCUAGAUGGCGCCAUUGUGGUUACUACACCACAAGAAGUGUCGCUGCAGGACGUACGGAAGGAAAUCAGUUUCUGCAGGAAAGUCGGUCUUCCCAUUCUCGGUGUCGUAGAAAAUAUGCGCGGCUUCGUCUGCCCCAAUUGUAAGGUGGAAUCACAAAUUUUUCCAGCAACUACGGGCGGAGCGGAAAAGAUGUGCGAAGAGUUGAGCAUUCCGUUCUUGGGUUCCAUUCCAAUUGAUCCCAGGAUCGCUAGAAGUUGCGACGAAGGGAAGUCAUACUUGAGAGAAUUCGCCGACACACCGGCUAGCAGAGCUUACAACAUGGUUACAAAGAGGUUAUUUGGAGUGACAACCUAAUAUUCCGAAGGCAAAUGGCAUGGCAGAAUUUGUUGUAUAAUAAAGUAUUCUCUAUUUGUUC